UUGUUUAUAACAUGUACGAAUUAAAUACGAUGCGAUAAGUUAUAAUUGCCUAUUGCAAGAUAGAGAGGAUAUCGGGGCGCUAUUGCCAACAUAAUAAACAUUAUCAUAACAAUAACAAGCCAGUAACUCGCGGCAUUCGAUUUGCUCAUGACGGCAGCCAGAUAACCCCGUCUCGGAGCCAGUCGGUUUUCGUGUGCAACCCGGUACACCGCACAUGUUCGCCUCAACGCGCCAUAUAAAAUAAUUUAAAUAACCAAACGAAUUUGUUCGGUCCACUGUCGCGGUGUUGAAUUGUGCGCGCUUUUAUUGUAUAUGUCCCCUCUCACGCGGUCAUCUCUAUCUAGUUCAUAAAGCGGCAUCAUGGUGGUGGUGCUGAACGGCGUACUCGCUGACGAUUGCCCGACGUCGGUGCGGGCUUUGCUAGAGGCGCAUCCGGGGUACAGAGAAGGCGCCGCGCAACUGUUGACCGAAACGGCGCGCGUUGUGGGACCCGCGGGCGUUCUUUACGUCGGACAGAGAGAAAUGGCCGCCGUUGUGCCGCAUGACAAAAACGUGAAUAUAAUCGGUUCAGAUGACGCGACAUCGUGUAUUAUAGUAGUCGUCAGGCAUUCAGGGUCAGGGGCCAUAGCGCUAGCGCACUUGGACGGUUCGGGUACGGCUGAAGCGGCAGCGGCCAUGGUGUCCAGAGUCCAGCAGCUCGCAGUCGGAUAUCCUGAGGGUAGACUGGAGUUGCAAGUGAUCGGCGGCUUCACGGAUCCACAUAGAUACUCCGACGAGCUUUUCGCUAAUAUUAUGUUAUCAUUCCAUCGUCUAACGGUAGAGAUAGACCUGACGUUGGCGUGUUGCUGCGAGCUGAACACGCUGCCCGGGGGACUGGCGCCUCUCGUGACCGGGGUCGGCGUCGACAUCCGCGCCGGGGAUCUCUUCCCGGCAACGUUUCCGGAUAAAGGUCCCGAACUUCCGUUGCGAGGGGCGAGAACUAUAACGAGCGGUCCGCAUUCGGCACAGGUGUUAGACAUAUACGAUAACGCUGUGGGUAUGCUACGCGUCGGCCCGUUCAACUACGACCCCCUGCGAGGAGUCGACCUCUGGCUCGAACAGUCUGAUGAGUUCAUUCUGCAGCACCUAAGCACGACGCCGGCCGUCGAGCCGCCGCAUUUCGUUCAUAAUAUCCGGAUGACGCUGAAGUUCAUCCAGCAGCAUCCGUUUCCGGCGGUGACCGUGUUCCCGGAUAACCGGCCGCACUUCUACCGCCGCGACGAGCACUCCGGUUGUUGGAUAUCCGUUCGUUACUAACUACCCUGCUUCUUGAAUAAUCCUACUAAACCUCUCAAGGGAUAGUCCUCGGUAUUUUUCUUAGUUAUUUAUGAAUAAUAAAUUAUUGUUUAUAAGAUAAAAAAAUGUGGUGCAAAAACUGGAUCCAAUAUAAGAAUAUUUGCUGUGGGACAAGACAGGAUCUUAUAAGGCCGUCCACUAAUUGCGAUGGAGGCAUUAACAUGAUUUAUUAUAGUGGUACGGUCGGCAAAAAAAAACGUUUUUUUGUAAAACAAUCAAUAAUAUUUGGUCUUUCCAUACCCAUACUAAAGUCAUUGCUUUAUGUGACUCAAUCUGCUUAAUAUAUACUAGGUUAUAUUUCAUAUUAUUUGUCAAUUCCUAUGAUGAAAAUUUCACUAAACAUUACACUAUUAUUGUUGUUGAAAUAAACUGUAUGCACAUGUAACAAAAAAAUGUUUUAAAAUUCUUAUAAAAAUCCAUACAAAUGUUGAGAUUUUAAUUCAUCCAUUCACAUUCCGCCUUCAGGUAUCCUUACAAGCAAACUUCCAUUCUAAAAAUCAAGAAUUCAUGUUAAAAUGGAUUAGGGAUUACCUUAUCAAGUAGGUAUAGCUUGAUUUCACGAUACAAGAAGCGGCAAUCUAAAGCAAAGUUUGCAAAUACCACUGCGCGUUAUAACAGGACAUCGACCUCGAGCGAUUGUCAAUUUUAAUACUUUAGUAAAAAAAAUUACAUUUUGUUUAAUGCUUAAAAUCAAAAAUUGAUGAUUCUACUUGAAAUUGUGCUCUCUCAUAUGUUAUUAAAUAACAGUUGAACACCAAGGCGUUCGUUGGAAAAUUAAUUGUAUUUUUAAUCAAUUUACCUAUCCCUUGAGUGAUUAGAAGUUGUUCGGUAAUAAUAUUUUCGUUUACUACACGAAUAUACUUAGUGCGAGUUCUUUUACUUCUCGAUCGCGUAAAAGUUAACUCUAAUUUGUAUGGAGUUGGAACAGUUUCUCUUCGUUUGCCGCUAGGGGCGCUGGUCCAACUCCAUACAAAUUUGAGUUAGCUUUUACGCUAUCGAGAAGUAAAAAAAUUCGGACUAAGCAUAUAAGGAUUAUACGGCGUGGCGUCGGAUACGUGGAUUUUGUUUUUUCGAUAAAUGUGCUGUGAAAUUUUUAAUCGAUAAAAUGACAUAUUUGUUUGUUAGGCCCCUUGACUAUUUUUAAGGAAGUAAAAUCGUCUCCGGCCUAUGUUAUAGGGACGUCAACAAUAAUAAUUUUACAUUAUGAGAUGCGACAAUAGGUGCUUGUUACAAUUGUUUAACAAUAUUACUUGAAGCUCACUCACAUUGAUACUGGACUAUCUUUUAAUUUUCUAUUUGACGGUGUUAAAUUAAUUAAAUAGUUACUGUUUAUAAACUAAUUAUGUAUUACUAAUAAUUGAAUUGUCGAUACAUAUUUAUUUUAUAGGGAAGGUUAGGUUUACGAUGUUGUUUUGUUCGACGCUAUUCGUUCUAAUGAAAAUUAUUGGGACAGAAAAAUGUGACUACGAUGACAAUCUAGACAAUGUUAAUUAUUGAUUCAGUAAUUACUUAAUGAAUGCAUAAACUAUAUAAUUUGAAUAUAGUCAUUCUUUCAUUCAAUUCUUCAAAAAUAAUUUGUAUUUAUAUAUAUAGAGUUAUUAAUUGUCAUGACACUUCGAGCAUCGUAUUUUGUGUCAGAUUUACAUUGGUCCAGUGAGUAGUGACAGCAACAUCAAAUUUGUUUAUUGGUGACACAACAGAAUAAUGGUGGUUCUAAUAAAAACUUUAUGUUCAUAUUAGCUUCUCUUUUUAAUACCUAAGAGUUUUGUGUGCGCCAGUGUUGUGUACAAUUAGACUCUGUCGGCAAUUUUACUUGUCAAAAACUACGUCUAAUUUCGUUUCGUUGUUUUCGGUGGGGAUACCACAGUAUAAAAUCUAACACUGACAAAGCGAUUGUAUCCAACAUGACUCAGUCAGCCACUGGAUCAUUGUAGAUCAGCCACUGGUGGAUUUGUCAGAGGACCAACAUGCAUUGAAAAUAAAAAAAUAAAAAAAAAUUUGUCCUUAAAAAAUUAUAUUAUUAUUAUUAUGUAACAUUGUUAAUUUUAGACUAAUGACUUUAAUGUUAUUUAUGAACAAAAGUGAGGCUCGAAAUUUAUUGAUAGUAUUCUUUUCACGCUCACAUCAUUUCCAGAUAAAAUUAUUUCCUUAACUAAUUAAUUAUAUAUCGUCAGUUUUGAUUUUGUAUAUAAAUAAAACUUGAUGAAAAUUUAUAAUAAUUAUAAAAUCUUGAUUUAUUUUAAAAUGUAUAUUUUGAAAUAUGUUAAUAAAGGCAUCAUGAAUUUCUGUCAAUUUAGAAUUUUCAAAAAUAAAUACUGUAAUCCCCCUAUAACGCGGUACCCUUAUAACGCGUUUUCAUAUUACGCGAUCAAUCCCACGUAUAACACGGGGAUAUUUCUGUGCUGUGAAAUUUAUAAUGAUUUGUAAAGUUCAUAUUAGCUUCGCGUGCCUUUGCACGUGUGUCGAUUUGUGCUAUUACAAAAUUACAUUAUUCUAUUCAAUUUGUGUAUUAACGAGUGUAGGUUUAAUUUUAUUUUUAUAAAUUUUAUUUAAAAUAAAAAAUCCAUUAAAAGUUAAAACAUGAUGAAUCAUUUAUACGUAACGCGUUAUACGAGGUCAUAAAAACGCGUUAUACUGGAAUACCCCUAUAACGAGUUUUCUUAUAACUCGGAACCAAUCUACCGCUUUAUGGGGGUGAUUACUGAUCACCAAUGUAAAUUGACCUAUACUAUUAAGUUUCUCUUCUAUGUAAUCGCAAAACAUAAAUUAUAUUAAGUGAUCGAUACAUGAACCUAGUUGUAAAUAUUAUAGUGAACACAUAGUUGCAGUUAGAUGGAUUUAUUAUGUAGUUAUUGUUAUUUCGAAAAGAAAUUGAAUAUAAUUAAAGUUCAAUAA